UAUAUACAACAUGGCGACAAACGAUCUGUACGAAUCCCCGGCUGUAUGUUUACCUACACAAGAUGAACUUACAAAACUGUCAGACGAAUUGAACCUAAAAUGUACAACAGAAGAAUUAGAGGCCAUUACAGGGCACUUUAAAGGUACAGCCAAAGCACUCCAGAGAAUAUCUCAACUACCAGAACCAGCACUUCCUGUAAAAUAUCCACGAACUCCGGGUUACAGACCUGCAAGAGAAGAUAACCCUUACAAUGCCUGGGCAUGGAAGUGUGACAUACAAGGGGCCAAAGAAGGUAAAUUAGCAGGAAAAACAGUGGGUAUCAAAGAUAAUAUCGGGGUAGCAGGUGUACCCAUGAUGAAUGGGUCCAAGCUAUUAGAAUCGUACACCCCUGAGUUUGAUGCAACAUUGGUAACAAGAAUUCUCGAUGCAGGAGGACGUAUUGUGGGUAAAGCAGCUUGUGAAGAUUUGUGUUUUAGUGGAUGCAGCUCAACUUGUUCUUCCGGUCCAGUCAGGAAUCCUUAUGAUGAAACAAGAAGUGUUGGUGGUUCAAGCUCUGGCAGUGCUGCUUUAGUAGCUGGUAAAGUUAUUGAUCUUGCAGUAGGUGGAGAUCAAGGUGGUUCCAUCAGAAUUCCUGCGUGCUGGGCUGGAAUCGUGGGACUAAAACCAACUUACGGACUAGUACCUUACACUGGAGCUAUGCCUAUAGAAAUUACUGUGGAUCAUUUAGGGCCGAUGGCCAGAACUGUCCACGAUUGUGCCUUACUUUUAGAGGUUAUGGCAGGUUACGAUGACGGACGUGAUCCAAGACAACCACGUGAUAUAAAGGUGGAACCAUAUUCUUCUCUGAUUGAUGCUGGUAUCAAAGGCAAGAAGAUUGGGUUGGUUAAGGAAGGGUUUUCUGUAUGUACUGAAGAAGACGUGAAGGAGAUGGUCCGAGCUGCAGCCAAGAGUCUUGAGAAAGCUGGAGCCAUUGUCAGUGAUACUUCUGUACCAGCUCAUUUAGAUGGUAACGCAAUCUGGAGUGGAACAUGUCUACAGGGUGCUUAUAACAACAUGAUUGCCGGCAAUGGAAACGGCUACCAUUGGAAAGGACAUUAUAUAACAUCCCUACAGGAAUCUUUUUAUCGUAGCCGUAAAGCACGACCAUUUGAUAUGUCCACAGCAUGUAAACUUACCACCUUGAUUGGAGAAUACAUGAACAGAAACUAUAGCAACAAGUUUUAUGCUAAAAGUCAGAAUUUAACAAGAUGGUUAACUGAUGAAUAUAACAAGGCCCUGGAAGAAUUUGAUGUCCUCAUCAUGCCAACACUGCCAUAUAAGGCAAGAAAACUACCAAAAGCUGAUUGCAGUACAGCAGAAUUAAUUGAGAUCUCUGAUUCUAUGUCAGCUAACACAGCACCCUUUGACUGUACUGGUCAUCCAGCUUUGUCCAUAGAUACUGGAAAUUCGGACACUGCUCCUAUAGGAAUGAUGAUAAUUGGAAAAUAUUUCAAUGAGGUCACCGUGUUGCAAAUUGCACGCGCAUUUGAAAAAAUAAGAGAAGAUGAAUAAUCAAAAUAUAUAAUUUAUAUUAUUAAAGUGAUACUACGUCUUAGAAUGAACAUAAAAUUUAAGUUCAUAAGAAUGGUCAAUAUAAGUAUAUAUUCAUCAGCAAACUUACCUUGUGUUAUAAAGGUACAACAGAAUCCCUGUAAAAUCGGGAAAAUUCAUAAAACUAAGUAAUUAUUGGAAAAAGCUUAAUAUUAAGCGUUUUUCAGUAGUUAAUUGCAUAUUUAUGGAUGAUUACUAAGAUUUUGGAUUAUAUAAGGAUCCUAUUAUGCUAUUUAUUACACCAGGUAUAUCUACUGAUGAAUAUAUGCUCUUAUUGGCCAAGUUUAAAAUUCUUAAAUUUUAUGUUCAUUCUAAGACGUAGUAUUCCUUUAAAGUUAUUAACAUCACAUUUUCAAAUUUUUAUACCGUUGAGAGUUCGUCUUGAAUAAAUGAAUCAUUUUUUAUAUAUAUAUAUAUAUUGAUAAUUUUAACUCUAUAUAAUCGAUCAAAUAUGGUUAUGCACUUGUAUUUUACGAUAAUAUAUUACCCUACACUAUGUUUUAAUGGUAAAGGGGGAUGAAAUCCGACUCUCUGAAGCCCUAGCAUUGGCAUCAGACGUUUUCUUAGCUUGAGAAGAAUUCGAACCCGAGGUAACAGAACAGGAUAUGCAUAAUUAUCUUCUGCCGACUAUAAAUAUUUUAAAAUUCUAUGCCCGAGAAUCAAAGAUAUAACAUCAAAUGUCAUUUCUAAUCUAAAAUCGAAAAUCAAAAAUGAAAUCAAAUUAUUGGAGAGUAGUGAAAGAUAGCUAAAAAGAUUUAAAUGACUGUAAAUAUUUCAAAUAUAAAAGCGAUUGAGCUUUAUCAGAUAUUUUAAUUGUAAAAAAAUCAAUUAUUUUUUAUUUUAUGGGUUAUUUUAAACUUUUUAAGCGCUUUUUACCACUGUGUAUUAAAUAUUGUAAUUUAAUAACAUCUUGUCCUAAAACUUUAAAUUGUAUUUAAUAUCAAAAAGCUGUAUUAAUGGUUUUUACUAUAGAAUAAAAUUAAUGACACAU